GUAAUGCAGAGAAAGGGGUUCUUGUAGGAAUUGAGUGUGUCAGGAGUGUUGUGUUUAAGGUUGUCAGCUCAUCUUUUAUUUGGCACUGCUGAGGUCAAGGGACAUCUUAAAAAAAGGAUAGGUGGAGGUAGAAACUGAAUAUCAGUCUCUCUUGAACAAAGUAAUAUGAAUUUAAUGUACCUGAGAAGGUGUUACCUCAUUAAUUUAAAAAAAAAAGGAAAGACAAGGUGAUUUAAGAGCAGAAUAAAGCUCUGGGAAAGAUGAAUCUUGCACAUUUGUGCAAGGUCUAACAGGCAGAGAUAUACAAGGUAUACAUUUGUAACACUCAACUCAUUUCAGGUUAUUGAAGUAGAUGCUGAAGUUUUUUUAAAAAAAGGGUGGAAAAAAGUGUGAAAACCACGCAAUGACUGAACGUAAUUGCCCUGGGGAGAAUGUGGUUAAUGUACUUGAGGGUCUUCAUGGAGAACCUGAUGAAAAAAACCAAGCAGACCAUCAGCCUCUUCAAGGAAGGGAAGGAAAGGAUGUAUGAGGAGAACUCCCAGCCUAGGAGGAACCUGACCAAAUUGUCCCUGAUAUUCAGCCACAUGCUGGCAGAACUCAAAGGGAUUUUCCCCAGUGGCCUCUUCCAGGGGGACACGUUCCGGAUCACCAAGGCAGAUGCUGCAGAAUUUUGGAGAAAGGCUUUUGGUGAAAAGACCAUUGUUCCUUGGAAGAGCUUCAGGCAGGCCCUGCACGAGGUGCAUCCCAUCAGCUCUGGGCUGGAGGCCAUGGCCCUGAAAUCCACCAUUGACCUGACCUGCAAUGACUACAUCUCAGUCUUUGAGUUUGACAUCUUCACACGCCUCUUCCAGCCCUGGUCAUCUUUGCUGAGGAACUGGAACAGCCUGGCAGUGACUCACCCUGGCUACAUGGCAUUCCUCACCUAUGACGAGGUGAAGGCCAGGCUGCAGAAGUUCAUUCACAAACCUGGCAGUUACAUUUUCCGACUGAGCUGUACCCGCCUGGGUCAGUGGGCCAUUGGCUACGUCACUGCAGAUGGCAACAUUCUCCAGACAAUCCCCCACAACAAACCUCUUUUCCAAGCACUGAUAGAUGGCUUCAGGGAAGGCUUUUAUUUAUUUCCUGAUGGCCGGAAUCAGAAUCCUGACUUGACUGGCUUGUGUGAGCCCACACCUCAGGACCACAUUAAAGUUACACAAGAACAAUAUGAGCUGUACUGUGAGAUGGGCUCCACGUUCCAGCUGUGUAAAAUCUGUGCUGAGAACGACAAGGAUGUGAAGAUUGAGCCUUGUGGGCACCUGAUGUGCACCUCCUGUCUCACAGCCUGGCAGGAAUCAGAAGGCCAAGGUUGUCCCUUCUGCCGCUGCGAGAUCAAAGGCACCGAGCCAAUCGUGGUGGAUCCUUUUGAUCCCAGAGGAGGAGGAGGGUUGUCCAGGCAAGGGGCAGAAGGAACCCCCUCUCCCAAUUAUGAUGAUGAUGAUGAUGACAAAGCUGAUGAUUCCCUCUUCAUGAUGAAAGAACUCGCUGGUACCAAAGUGGAACGUCCUCCCUCGCCCUUCUCUCUGGCUCCCCAGGCUGCCCUCCCUCCCGUGCCCCCCCGGCUGGACCUGCUGCAGCAGAGAGUGGCCAACCCCCCCGGGGCCUCCAGCCCUGGCACCACCUCCAAGGCCGCCCCUGGAGCUCUGCACAAGGACAAGCCCCUGCCGAUCCCGCCCACGCUGCGGGACCUGCCGCCGCCGCCGCCGCCGGACCGGCCGCCCUCGCUGGGCUGCGAGAGCCGCCCGCAGCGCCGCCCGCUGCCCUGCACCCCCGCCGACUGUCCCGGCGGCAGGGACAAGCCUCCCCCGCUGCCCUCCGGCCGCCAGGGCGAGCUGUGGCCGGGCAGGCCCAUGCCCAAAGCCCCGGCGGGGGCUGCGGGCGCUGCGGAGCCGUGGGCGGGCCGGGAGUUGUCCAACAGGCACUCGCUGCCCUUCUCGCUGCCCUCCCAGGUGGAAUCCAGGGCUGAGAGCCUCCGGCUCGGCAGCACCCUCAGCCUGGACAGCCCCGGGAGCUCCAGCAGUGGUCCAGCAGCAACCUCAGAGUGUGAACACCCCAAAAUCAAACCCUCCUCAUCUGCCAAUGCCAUCUACUCCUUAGCUGCCAGACCACUGCCUGUACCAAAACUGCCUCCUGGGGAGCAGUCUGAGAGUGAUGAGGACACUGAAUACAUGUCACCAUCCUCUCUGCCUGUGGUGCCUCCAGGUCCUGCUGUGCAAAAACCAGAGCUCAAAAUGCCUUUGGAAAUGACUCAGAGUUUACGAGUUUUGGACUGUGACCAGCAGCCUGAGGGCUCCAUGUAUGAAGCAAUGUACAACAUUCACUCCCAAGCAGCAUCCUCUGCUUUCGAGGCUGUCAACACUUCUGAUGAAGGGAAGCUGGCAGCAGGCAGUGGCAGCAAUGGCCCUGAGGAGUCAGAGAAUGAGGAGGACGGCUACGACGUGCCCAAGGCGCCGCUGCCCGCGGCCGUCGCGCGCCGCACGCUGUCCGACAUCUCCAACGCCACUCCCGCCUUCGGCCGCAUGUCCCUGGACACCGACCCUGUCACAGGUUUUUCGGACGGCUCCCCAGUCCCCGAGCGGCCGCCGAAGCCGCUGCCCCGGCGCAUCAACUCGGAGCGGAAAGGCGGGAGCUGCCCGGGAGGAGGAGCCAGCAGCGGGGCCAGCUCCUCCCUGCACCUCUCCAGCGAGAUCGAGAACCUCAUGAGCCAAGGCUACUCAUAUCAGGACAUUCAGAAAGCUCUGGUCAUUGCACAUAACAAUAUUGAGAUGGCCAAGAACAUUCUGCGGGAGUUCGUGUCCAUCUCGUCCCCGGCGCACGUGGCCACAUAGCACACGAGCACCUCCACACCUGAGCUGCUGUAGGACCAACUGCCUGGGCAGCUGCUGCCCAGCUGUGCACCAAAGGGGAAGGGGGUUCCUUUAGAGACUUCGUGCUGAGGUCAGUCCUGCCUCUUCAAGAGAAUCAGUUAUCAGGUUUUCGUGGUUCCAGAUUUCAAAGCAGUGGGAUGGAACGGAGCGGAGCAGUGUUUUAUACAGUGUGUGUCUUGGAGUCCUUUACCCCUACCUCUUGUCUGAGAGAACAGAUUUAUCUCCAGGGUGUUGGUAGAGAAAGGUAUCGUGACAAGGGAUCCCUGAGCCAAUGCCUUGGAGGCUGGGGGGAGUUGUUUUGUGCUGUGAAUUUUAAGUGGAUGCUCAGAGAAACAAAGUCUCGAGGUCGGUGUGGUUUUGUCCUGUGGUUCAUGGUACUAGGUUUGGAUCUGUUCGCUGCUGUGUGUCUGGCUCAGGCUUUUUAGAGAAGCUGGGAGGUCACUUUCUGCUGGGAAUUUAUAGGAGACCUUGGAAGAAUCGUUAGAUAGCUUCCUGUUGGCUGUGGUGUGUCCCUCUUGCCUGUAAUAAUAGCAGUUAUUGCUUCUGAUUUCAGUCCUCCCUUGCUGCCUGGACAUAGCAGGAUGAGCUUCUGUCAGGGGUUUUGAUCCUGGCAGUGCUGGGGGUUGGAUUUCUCUCAUGUGUGUGUGUGCUCUUGCACCAGAUUCCAGCAGCUGGAGGAGCUUGGCGUGGUUUUGAGGGGUGGGAGAGGGAGCAGAGAAUUUGAGCAAGAGCAAGAACUGGGGCUGCUGCUUCUCCUCUCUUAGCCUUGAGCAUUUUGUGCUUCAGUGCUCAAAUUUGAUUUGUGGCCCUGCUGGGCUGGAGCAGCCCUCACUGGACACUCCCAUUGCUCUUCCCUAGGAAUGUUGCACCUGGUAAAUUGGAUGUUUUAUUUAUCUUCAUUGCAUGGUGGCUGUUGCAGACUAGUGGCCUUCACACCCAUUCCUCCAGAGAGCUUCUGCAGGAGCCAUCCUCGUGCCAGGGUGUUUUGUGGAAUUGGUAGAUGCAGCUGAUGUGUUUGUUGGAGUCUCACCUGCUUUGCAGUCACAGAAAGGCAGCAGUUCUCUGCAUGGCUGUCCAAACAACAUGGGGGCUCUCCUUUCCAUUUCCAUUUUUCUAAGAUAUCGCCAGGUCUGGUGUUAAAAUAGACCUGGGGAAAAAAAUUCUGUGUUUGUGAAGUGAUCACAUGGUUUUAAAGGUCAGAACUCAGCUGUUGCAUUGGAAAAACCUGACUUGCCUACUCAGCUACUUAACUCUGUUCAUACUGGAGGAGUGGAUGGUUCCUUUGGAGAGGAUUUAGAUGCAGGAGGCACGGACAGAUCACAUCCUGACAGCCUGAGAGGCUCUUGGCCUUUGGAGCAUGUCCAGCAUUAUUUGCACCCCCCUGAGGUCAGCAGAGGUCACCAGGCUAAGGGCUGCAGCUUGGAACAUUGCUGGAGUGAUUCUGGCACUCGGGUGCAGUUUGGCCUUUUGAGGAAUCCAGAGGCUGGGCCAGGUGGCUGCAGUUGGCAGAGAGGCCUUGAGGAGUGUUAGCAGAGCAGAAAGUGGGUUUUUAAUUAAAGCUGAGGUUUCUCUCUAGACCUACAGCUUUCUGAAUUGCUGCAGUGGCUUCCAGGCAGGCUGAGCUUUCUCUCUUUCCUCCCCUCCUUUGUGUAGGGAGAAAACACUCUCAGACAGGGUGAGAUCUCCUGCCAUGCUCUGAGAGCCCACACUUUGCUGUUUUGGGGCUGGCAGGGGGCUCUGCAGGGCACUGGGGAAGGUGGGCUCAGUGCCUGGGGGAAGAAGAAGGGGAAGAAGAGCUGCUCUUCCUCCUGUGCCCCCAGUGAGCUGCCAGCCCUGCUCCCUGUGGGAUGUGGGAGCCUCUGGAGGAGCAAGGUGCUGCAGGGGCAGCAGCUGGGGACAGCUGUGGCUGUUGUGCCACCCUGGGGAGCCUGAGCAGCCCAGCAGUCCCUGGUCCUGGAGAUCCAGGUGCAAACCCUUCAGUGAGGGGUUUCUCUCCCUCUUUCUCACACUGCCACUGAGCUCAGUGGGACUCCUGCCAUGGCUGAGCAGGGCUGAGUGCAGCCAGCUCCAAAGCCUUAACUCCUGUCCUGCCCAGUGUGUGUGACCAGAGCAGUGACUCCCUGUCCCCUCCAAGCCCUGGGGCAGGCUGGCUGUAAUUUCCAUGAAAUCCUGCUUGGCAGAGCUGUUCCAGGCCUGUCUUUGGGGUCUAUGUGCCAAGAGAUGUUCCUGUGGGUGUUGUUCUGGGUAUUAGAGAUUAGAGAGAGCAAUCUUUGUGGCAUGUAUCACUGAUUUCUCUGCAUGUGUCCUUUCUGUGCACUUGUUUAUGUCUCAAACUGAUUUAAGAAACUUAAGUCUUGCCUUUUCUUCCUUAGACACGUUAAGAAUUUGCUGAUUCCACUGAGGGCAGCAGAGUCCUGGCCAUGUCUUGUGCCUGUGCUCUGCCAGCUCAAUCCAGGCACUGCCCAGUGGAUUUUCCUUGUUCUUUCUAAGCCCAAGAUUGAUUGCUCUUCUUUCCCUUCACCUCCUUCUUCUUUAUUCUUUAGAAAAUUAACUUUCUGAUGCUACUUUAAAAAAGGAAAAACAACCCAAAUGUCUAGUGCCUUUCUUAAGGGGAUGCUGCAUGGCCAGGCUGGAUCCAAGAAUCCCCUCUGGGAAAAUGAGCAGAGCUGGACAAGCAGCACCAAAGUGCUUUGGGAAGGGGUGAAAAGGAGAGCAGGAGAGAUGGGCAAUGAAUGGUCCCUUGGACUCUGACACUGUUUUUGUAGCAUUUCAGCUGUGGAGCUUCUGUGCCUGGACUGGUGCUGUGCCGAGCUCGGGGCCGAGUCGGGAUCGUGGGGUGGGGGAAAAAUGCUGGGGGAAAAAAUGCUGGGGGGAAAAGUGCUGGGGUGAAAAGUGCUGGGGGAAAAAAUACUGGGGUAAAAAAUACUGGGGUGAAAAGUGCUGGGGUAAAAAAUGCUGGGGGAAAAAAUGCUGGGGUGAAAAGUGCUGGGGGAAAAAUACUGGGGGAAAAAAUGCUGGGGGAAAAAAUGGUGGGGUAAAAAAUACUGGGGUGAAAAGUGCUGGGGGAAAAAAUGCUGGGGGAAAAGAUGCUGGGGGGAAAAAUGUUGGGGUGAAAAGUGCUGGGGGAAAAAAUGUUGGGGUUGUCCUCCAGCUGUCCCCAAAAGGAACAGGAAGCACUCCCCAAGGAAUGGGAAACACUCCCCAAGGAAUGGGAAACACUCCCCAAGGGUCAGGAGCUGUGGGAAGCAGGAGGUGCCCCCUGAGCAGGAUCCAGGUGAUCUCCUGUGGCCAGAGCCGAGCAGGAAUCCCAAAUCUUUCCCUUUUUUUGUGCAUGUCCCUGCCCCAGGGCCAGGCAGGCUCAGGGCCCAGCAUGUGGCCUCCUGCACCAGACUGGUGACAUUACUGUAGCUAAUCCUGAGGCAGGCUCCUUACUGUAAAUGUGGUUUGCUUUGUUGGGUUUUUUGUUCUUUUUUUUUUUUUUUUUUUUUUUUUUUUUUCAGUUGAGCAAGAAAAAAUGCAACUCCCAGGGCACCUUCUCAAAGGUGCCACUUUAAAGAUUAGUGGGGAAUAAGGACAUUUAUUUUUAAAGUUCCUCCUAGAAAUCUUUUUGGUUUGAAAUUCCCAGUGGAGGGAGAACUGCUGUUCCUGUUGUUCUUUCUCAUGGAUGACAAAUACCAAUUUGUAAAAUAUCAGUGUUAAAAAAUGUUGAGAUUUUCACGAGAUAUUUUAAAAAAAAAAGUAUAAUAGUGUCAUUAAUAUAAAAUUAUAAUAGCAGUAUUUAAUCCUUUCAGAUCUGUAAAGAAUAAGGAAAAACAGAAGGUAAAUAUUCUUACAGAGAGUAGCUGAGCUUUAAGGUUCACUUGGUUUAAAGUCCUCAUUUUGUUUGCAGAUGCAUUGUUAAUGUUUAGAGGUUAUACUAAUGUUAUUUAUUAAUUGUUUCCAUCCUUGUAUGCUGCCCACUAAGAGCUUCUUUGUUUGGGAUUUCAUUCACCUGUGUCAGUAAGAAAGAAAACAAAACAAAGUUUUAUUUUUAAAUAAAAUUUCCUUUGUUGUAGCAGA